AUGUCUAGUUUCAUCUCGACCGACCUUAUUCUCGUCACCGGCGGGAAUGGUUAUGUUGCGCAACAUGUGGUAGACCAGUUGCUACGCCAGCAAGGACAACCUCGCGUUCGCGCAACCGUGCGUUCCGAAGCAUCGGCGAAACAGAUCAAAGACUAUUUCGCUCCAGAUCUAUCCUCGGGGCGUCUCUCCGUGGUAUUGGUACCAGACAUUGUGGCGGAGGGCGCCUUUGACGAGGCUUUGAAAGGCGUUACCCAUGUGGCUCAUGUGGCCUCCCCUUUGGCUCUCGGUAUUGACAAUGUCGAGGCCGAUCUGCUGAAGCCAGCCAUAGAAGGAACAGUCGGGAUUAUUCGGGCAGCCGUGAAGUUCCCAUCUGUUCGAUCAAUGGUAAUCACGGGCUCGUUUCUAUCGGCCUUUGACCCGGCCCAUAGCCUCCGCCCCGGCUACACAUACACGCCGGAUGAUUGGAAUCCGAUAUCCUACAGCGAAGCAAGCUCCCAAGAGCUGGACUUGACGCAGUGGGAGCCAAUCUGGCGGCCAUUGAUUACCUACAUGGCAUCUAAGAAACUUGCGGAGGAGGCGGUUUGGAAAGCGCGAGACGCCAUCAAGCCUCGGUUUGACAUAAGCGUCGUCCUGCCAGCUUACAUUGGUGGCCCAUCUGUUCUGCCGUUACAACGAGGGACUCAGUCCGGUAGUCUCAGUGUGCAAGUCCUUUGGAAGGCUGUCACCGAAGAGUGCCUACCACCGGUUGACUAUCCCUAUUGGGUUGACGUGCGAGAUGUCGCGAAAGUCCAUGUCCAGGCGCUGCUCCACCCAGAGGCUGAUGGGAAACGAUUCAUCCUUGCUACUCGGGGGGUAACAUACUCUGACAUUGCGGAGAUCGCUCGAAAGCAUUUUCCUCAGCUCCAACCGUCGACGGAGCAGCAGAGCGAUGUGCAAUAUUACCAAGUGGACUCCUCGAAAAGUCUCAGGAUCCUGAACCUUGGCCCCUGGAUCCCAGUUGAAAAAAUGGUGGUUGACACAAUAAGCCAGCUUUUGGAUACCAGAGACACGAAUUGA